CGCUCUCCUGUAUUAAUGGGACAGAGCUUCCAGGGGGAGGGACCUCCUCUGACUCCCAUUAAAGACAGCAGCUAUAAAGGAGCUAAUGACGAGAUUGCCGCCAGCUCACAGAGACACACACACACGCGCGCACACACACACACAGACGAGGCAGAGCACGAGUGUGUGAAGAGAAAACAAAUACUAAGGAAGCCCAGAGAAACACUUGGGUGUAACGGGAGGCUGAGCCCAGAGAAGAGGAGACAGGAGCACAGGGAAGGAGGAGGAGGGUGAGAAAGAGUCAGAGAGGAAAGAGAGGAAGAGAGGCAUCAGAGCGUGGAACAGGUUCUCUCGGCGGCUCCUUUUGCACUCAGCCUCAGCAGACAUGCCUAACUUUGCCGGCACCUGGAAGAUGAAGAAGAGUGAGAAUUUUGAUGAUCUCCUCAAAGCCCUGGGAGUGAACACCAUGCUGAGGAAGGUGGCAGUGGCAGCGGCCGCCAACCCUCACGUGGAGAUCCGCCAGGACGGGGAGCAGUUCUACAUCAAAACAUCCACCACCGUGCGCACCACCGAGAUCAACUUCCACAUCGGUGAAGAAUUCAAUGAAGAGACGGUGGACGGACGAAAGUGCAAGAGCCUCGCCACCUGGGAGUCGGAGAACAAGAUCCACUGUAAGCAAACUCUGGUGGAUGGCGAUGGCCCUAAAACCUACUGGACCCGAGAGCUGAACGGCGAUGAGCUCACACUGAUUUUUGGAGCAGAUGACGUAGUGUGCACGCGAAUUUACUGCCGGGAAUGAAGCUCUGCGACCUCCAUCACAACAAGGCAGAAACCCAGUUGGACCACAAUGUAAACCCAACAACACUCCACAUGCUAACACGCUAACACAUUUGCGAAGUAUCCUGUGUAAUCUCUCAGCAUCAAUCUGCAUAGUUGCCACAAACAGUAGCAAUGUUUCUGUAAUGAUCUGUAGUGAGUGUUGUGCCUGCAGUUAUAGUAGCUGGAUAUCUCAGUGUCCAUAUCUGCAACCCUGGUGUCAGCUGUUAAUGUAGGAUUUAGUAAUCACUUGCAUUUAUUCAGUAUCCAUAUCCAAUAACAGGAAACAAUAAAAACAAUAGAACAAACGGUAA